GCUUAAAACGAGCACCGAUGUCUUCUUCUUCUUCUUCUUCUUCUCCCUACACAUACAACAGGAAGAGUCACUGAAUCGUCUCAACUCUUGUUUAAGACCAGUAGGUGCUGGUGUCGUCAGUGCAAAAACGUAGUCAACGUGGCCGAAAGGUUUCAGCCGUAGCAUUUGUUUUGUAGGGUUUGCUUUUUGGAUGACAAGCUUCAGCUCUUCUUCUUCCCCUUGCUGUAAAAGCUGGAGGAGUAGUGUUCGAUUGGUGUCGGUCAUCCCUACAUAAAGUUGAACUCGAUCAUUGACGCAUCCUUUCACUCACCUGAAGGUCGUGGCCCUCGAUCUUGCACUGUUGUCUCCUGCCACCUUUCUCCUUGUUUAAGAGCACAUCCAGCCGACCACCCCUCGUGACAUCUCUCCUCCCUCCGUCACCAAACGGAUGCUCCUUCUCACUGAAAGAUAUGGCUCCUUUGCUCUUUAGAGAGAUCAAAGCUGCGGGCUUCUCCUGUGCGUCUCCUUCUUCUGCGGCCGUUUGCUCGACCAUACACCAGAGAUCUAUAGUUCAGCCUGUGACUGGAAGAGCCAUCGAUCGCCACACGCCCCACCUGAGAGACCCACAGAGAACCAGGUCUCAGUUCACCUCCAAGCCGCGAAGCCAUAACCCGAAGGCCGGCAGGAAAAGCUCCGCGAAGCAAGCUGACCUUGUCAACCCCGCCGACUCCUCCCGGUGUCUCCUGAGCUCAUCCAGAUUCAGACUUGACGACGCCGCCUUCUACGAUAUAUUCCCUGGCCCUCAGCCGAUUCCGCCGCCGUCUCCGUUCCCGAUCGAAACGCUGAGGUCGCAGCAGUGCGUGAGAAGCUGUAGCGAACGAGCCGUUCGUAGGCCAUCUUCUUCUACCAGAACACAGGAUCAGGUUGUCGUCCUGAGAGUGUCCUUGCACUGCAAGGGUUGUGAAGGGAAGGUGAGGAGGCACAUAGCCAAGAUGCAAGGGGUUUCAUCCUUCAGCGUGGACUUGGCGACGAAGAAGGUGACGGUGGUGGGGGACGUGACGCCUCUGGGCGUGCUCAACAGCAUCUCCAAGGUGAAGCAUGCGCAGUUCUGGCAGUCGCCUCCCCGGGCAUCGGCAUCAUUCUAAUGCCAUGCAGCAGAUCCAUCAUCUCUUCUAGGCUUGGGUGAACACGAGCAUCACCAUGUCACAUCUCCUGCCUGCAACUUAGUACUGUAGCUUCUGCUGUCCAAGGAGAAAACUUGCCGGAGUAUGGCUUUGUUUAGUGUACUCGUCGAACUAUGUCAAGCUGUGUACUGCAAUCUUGCUGUAACUUAUGGUGCUCGAUAUGAUUAGUGCCGGUGGUACAUAA